UCUUUCUUCUUCAUUAUCUCUUAUUUGACUCUGUAGCUUCCUCUCAUUCUAUGCCAUUGCCUUCUGGCUCAGCCAUUAUUUGCUAUAAACCCACUUCUCUCUAAAUUUCAUAAUCCAUUUUUGACCUUCGACUUCUUCUAUAUGGGUUUCUGAGCUUCUUUUAUAUUGAGAAGUUUCACCCAUUUUUUCCAACUUCUUAAUGAGUUCUCUCCGUCUCUCUCAAGCAGAACUUAUUCGUCUUUCCUUCUGGGCUUUCUUCAAUGCUGAUUCUUGACGUGACCCAAUUCCUGUUUUCGCUCUUACAGUCAUUCUUUUCGUUACCGUAGUAGUUUAAAGAAAUUCAUUCAUACAAUCUUUUAUUCUCUUCACCAUUCUACAUAUAGCCGUCUUCAUUCUUCACCAUAUUCAAUUAAGUUUUCUGGUAAAGUCAGAAGUUGCAGAGAUCAAAAUGCUUGACGGGUUAUUGAAGCCCAAGUUUUACUCCAAAUGCAAAACAAAUACAAAGCUCAUUAAGACACGUCUGGAGACCAUAAAGAAGAAGAGGAACGCAGUGCAGAAGUUUUUAAAGAAUGAUAUUGCCGAUCUUCUUAGGAACGGCCUUGACAUCAAUGCAUAUAACAGGCAGGCUGAAGGACUUUUGGUCGAGCAAAGUUUGACGUCAUGUUAUGAAAUGAUUGAGAUUUUUUGUGGGUGCGUCUCAAGUAAUCUUUCUCUCAUGCUAAAGCAGAGGGAAUGCCCUGAAGAAUGCAAGGAAGCAGUAUCAUCUCUGAUUUAUGCUGCAGCAAGAUUUGCUGAUUUGCCUGAACUGCGUGAUCUCAGAAAUAUGUUCACUGAACGAUAUGGAAAUUUCAUCGAGUCUCACCUAAGUAAAGAGUUUGUGGAGAGGUUGAAGCCAGCGCCUUUCACUAAAGAGACGAAGCUUCAGUUAUUGCAUGAUAUAGCAGGGGAAUUCUCCAUUGAAUGGGAUUCAAAGGCUUUGGAACAGAAACUGUAUACUCCUCCUCCUCCUCCACCACCCUCCAAAAAGCAGCCCGAAUAUGUGUCUACAAGGAGCAAUGUCAAUGGAUAUCAUGGAUCAAACCGGAGAGAGGAAGAAGCUUUUUCCAGAAGAAAUACUCAUGAGCGUGGGAACAAGAUGAGCAACAUAAAGGAUCAUCAUACAUCAGAAAGAAGUGAACUCAACCUUAAAUCUCGCUACGUGCAGAGCAGUAGUGAGGAUGAAACAUUUACAGAUUUUUCCCAUGAUGAGAGGAAAACUUCUUCAAGUUCAGCAGGAAGCGUUUCAGAGGACGACACAGAUGGCAAGAGGCCCUUCUAUUACAGAUUAGCUCGUCCCCCUUAUCUCAAACCAAAAUCUGAAAGCAGUUUAGAUGAACCAACAAAGCUGAACAGUCCCGUUCAGCAGGAGGAAGCAAGUACUCCCCAUGAGGAUAAGCCAAAACCAAGAUCAGUUAGACGAAGAAACUUGAAACCACCACCGGGUCAUGAAAGUUCAAGUAGACAGGAAUCUGACAAAAACCCGCCUUAUGAAUCUAACAAGAACAAAAGGCCAGAGUUGGCCAUGCCACCAGGCAGAGUAUCAUCUCUCCCGGCCGUUCCUUCAUCCCUUGCGCAGGCAAGCAUAGGGCCAGCUCGAGCAACGUCGUUCCAACCGGAUAUGAAGAGUUCAGCCGCCCAUGUCCAUCCCAAGCUGCCUCCUGACUAUGAUGAAUUUGCUGCACGUAUUGCUGCUCUUAGAGGAAAACAGAGGUGAAAGGACAUUAUUGAGUGAAGAUUGUUUCAUAAAGUUAUUGUUGGAGAAAGAUUAAUGUAGUCCUAGUCCAACUCCAAAGAUUCUAAUCUUUGGCAUAGCUGAAGAGAAAAUGAAAGGAGUGCCCCCCUCCAGCCCUCCCAGUCGUCUCGUCACACUACUACAACUAAUAGCUUAUUUAAUGAUCAUAGGAAAAAAAAUCUAAGCAACGACAUGGCUGAAGCCUGUAGGCCCUGUAUGUCUUAACACUUAUAUUGAUCUAUACAUAUUAAUUUAGAUA